AUGGCCUCCAAUAACACCAUCAUCACUGCGCCGGUCAAACGGGCUUGCGAUAGUUGCCAUCGACGGAAAGUCAAAUGUAUUGGCGAAGGAACCAACCCAUGCAAGAAUUGUGUCUCAGCUGGCCUUGCAUGCACAUACAAUGCUAUCCCACAAAAGAAAGGACCCAAAGGGAGCAGAGCCAAAGUGCUCUCUGAACUUCGCGAAAGUCAGCGCAACGCCCAACUUGCUACAGGAUUCUCCCCAGAGAUGGGCUUCGACGGACGUACAAUGUCUUCCCAAUUCGCUCGCACACCUGGUCUAUUACCUCCAGGACUUGUCGAAAAUUGCCUGGAAUUCUUCUUCACCCACGUUUAUCCUUCACAGCCUGUUCUACAUCGCCAAAGGGCGCAAGAGGCAGCUGUGAACAUGGACCGAUCUACAGAGGCUUAUUGCAUGGUCGUCGCCCUUUGUGCCUACGUUAUGAUCCAAGCCAACAUGAAGUUGCCGCCCAGCGUGUUACUACGCCCUGAGUUGGCUCACCUGUCCAAUGUAGGCUUUGGACAUGCCCUUCUUGAGGAGUCGGUUCGUUUGCGAAAAGGCUACGACUACCGCGAGAACCCUACGCACUUGACCGUCCUGACGUCUUGGUUCUAUUAUGGUUGCUACUUUGGGUUGGCAAAAGAGAAUACAGCCUGGUCCUAUCUUCGGGAAGCAACGACGCAAGCUCAACUGCUUGGAAUGCAUGACGAAGAGACAUACAAGCAUGACCCCCUCGAUAUUUCUCGAAGGCGAGUACUGUAUUGGCUGCUCUUCAUGGCAGAAAGAACCUACGCGCUUCACAAGCACCGUCCGAUUUCGCUUUAUCCGACAAUCCAUACGCCAUCUUUGGAUGAAGUGCCUUCCGACAGGCCUGUCGCCAUCGGACUGGAACUUAUGAUCAAUCUGUACAAAACAAUCGACGACACAUUCAUCAGCCUUUGGAACAGAGUGCAUUCACAUGUGAAUCCUACAUGGAUUACACAAUUGCAGCAACAGCUAUCGGAGGCAGUUCCAUCCUAUCUUGAGUGCACAGAAGCCCAGGCAGUCGAAAUCCGAGUUACUCAACAAUGGCUACGCGCAAUGGUGUGGCAGCUUUGCGUUUGCCAGGGACUGGUCAGCAGCGUUUCGAAUGACACCGCUGUGACAUUCAGAUACCCUAUUCAGAUUUCGAGAGAUCUGCUCACAAUGACCCACCAAUUCUCGCAACCAGCCAUGGAGAUACACGGCGUUGGACUGAUCGAAAAGUUAUUCGACAUUGCUUGCUGCCUGACAGAUGUGGUGGCUUGCACGUCCUUCUCCCCAGACGCAUUCGCUCUCGGCCCUCGUGAUUACGUUUCGCGUUUUCUGACACUGAUCUCCACUCUUCGUGGUGGGCAGGCUCGCUACUUGCCACUUCUCCUCGCUAAGCUCUCCGAAGUCUUGCCCAACCUCCCCCUCCCCCGUUCGUUGAACCUUCCCCAGACCAUCCCCACGUCGAUAGGUCUCCCCGCUCCUGGUACUGGAACCGUCCCUUCGAACGUUGUCGAAGAUUUCUCGACAUUGCCAGCCAUGACAUCUCCAGCCUAUCCGUCCAACGAAUUGGCGCGCCGAAUAGCUGCCCAGACAGGCGCGCAACUUCCCUUCAACACUUCUCAGCAACCGAUGAUGACAGUGCCUACUAGUCACGUCGAGGAACUCUCACUAUAUUCUUCUUCACAUGGUACUUCUCAUUCUUCCGGAUCGGACCACAGGAGCAAUUCUACCACUCCAGGACCGUAUGAGCCACCAAUGUCACAGUCGCACUCGCAAAUAAUUGGACAUACACCCGUUCAAUUGCAAUCCUCGCAUUCUACGCAUGGGCACAUGAAUCACCACGUUGGUGUGAAUCCUACAGCGUACGACUCAGGAUUUGCUGCUUCGGGCUAUCCAGUGGACCCUACCAUGAUGUUCAAGCAAUGA